AUGCCGAGUCCUCUCAAGAUCCAUAUUUUCUGGCUAAUUCUACUAUUCCUAUCUAAUGCCAUUGCAUCUACAAGCGACGAUGCGUUGCCAGGGCUGGUAGCGUAUCCAGACUGUGCGAAACCUUGUAUCAUUUCGGCGAUUCAAGUUGUUAUGAACAUAAGCCGUAUCGAUUGCGAUGAGACAGCUCGAGACCGGUCGAUUGAAUUGAAGGUCGCCACGAUCACUGUUGGGACUGUCGCCGGGCUAUUCGUCAUGCUUCGCUUUGGAUACAAGUUAAUGAUAUCUAAUGCGAUCCUCGCCAUGGAUGAUUGGUUAACCCUCGCCAUCAUGAUCGUCGUGAUACCGAAUUUGAUUAUUACCACCAACGGAACAAUACCAAAUGGGCUGGGUAGGGACAUUUGGACCCUGACACCGGAUCAGAUCACGACCGCUAUAAGAUUUUUCUUUAUAACUGCUGUUCUAUACUUCGCAUUGACGACACUUGUGAAGCUGCUAUUCCUCAGUUUCUACCUCAAGGUCUUCCCUACUCGUGUUGUUCAACAGGUUCUGUGGGGAACCUUUGCAGUAACAGCUCUAUGGGGGGUCGGGUUUGUGUUUCUUACUAUUUUCCAAUGCCAACCAAUAUCCUACUUCUGGCAAAAGUGGGAUGGGCUGCAUGAUGGGACAUGCUUAGAUGCAAAUACCAUCGCUUGGGCCAAUGCAUCGUCCGGUAUCGCCUUGGACGUGUGGAUUCUUGCUAUCCCGUUACUCCAGCUCAGGAAAUUGCAGUUGAAGUGGAAAAAGAAGAUUGGAGUUGUUUUAAUGUUUCUCGUGGGAGCAUUUGUAACAAUCAUCAGCAUUCUACGCCUAAAGUCACUUGUCAACUUCGCGAUGUCAUCGAAUGCCACUUGGGAUUAUUUUGAUGUCACUAUGUGGUCGAUAAUAGAGAUAUCUGUCGGAGUCAUGUGCGCAUGCCUCCCUACGGUCCGCCUACUCCUUGUCAGAAUGUUCCCGGCCUUGGGCGACAGCAAUUCUCGAAGUUUGGUCCAAGCAGAUUAUCAAUAUACAAGUGGAAUACGCUCGAGACAUCGGAAAACUGCGGAAAUUGUAGCCCAGGAUGCUGGCGCACCGAAACUUGACUGCAGUCGGUCCACAAAGGAG